AGGAUUGAGGGGCUGGGCCCCUAAAGGGGUCCCUGGCUUCCCCUUUCCUCUGGGCAGGGGACAGAGAAGCACAGGCCCAGGGAGCAGGGACUGACUUCCUCUUGUCCCAGAAUGAGCCUCCCUGCCUUUUGCAAGCAGGUUUGGGUCUCUCACACAGAGGAAACCAAAAGCAGUCAGAGGGAGGGAAGCCAAAGCAACCAAUCAAGGGCAGGGUGAAGCUCAAAACCAACGGGCUCCCCGGGGAGCAGCCAGAAGCUGGGGGCCAUGGCGGAGCUGCAGCAGCUGCAGGAGUUUGAGAUCCCCACAGGCCGGGAGGCUCUGCAGGGCAACCACAGCGCCCUGCUGCGGGUUGCCGAUUACUGUGAGGACAACUAUGUUCAGACCACAGACAAGCGGAAGGCACUGGAAGAGACCAUGGCCUUCACCACCCAGGCACUGGCCAGUGUGGCCUACCAGGUGGGCAACCUGGCCGGCCACACUCUGCGCAUGUUGGACCUGCAGGCAGCCGCGCUGCGCCAGGUGGAAGCCCGUGUCAGCACCCUGGGCCAGAUGGUGAACAUGCACAUGGAGAAGGUGGCGCGCAGGGAGAUCGGCACCUUGGCUGCUGUCCAGCAGCUGCCCCCAGGCCAGAAGAUCAUCGCCCCUGACAGCCUGCCCCCUCUCACACCUUACUACAGGAAACCCCUCAAUUUUGGCUGCCUGGAUGACAUUGGCCAUGGGAUCAAGGACCUGAGCACGCAACUGUCGCGGACCGGGACCCUGUCUCGCAAGAGCAUCAAGGCGCCUGCCACACCAGCUUCCGCCACCCUGGGGAGGCCGCCCCGGAUCCCCGAGCCCGUGCAUCUCCCGGUGAUGCCCGACGGCCACCUCUCUGCCGCCUCGUCCGCCUCGUCCCUGACCUCGGCCGGCAGCGCCGAAGGGGUCGGUGGUGUCUCCACGACCAAGGGGCAGGCGGCCCCGCCACCCCCGCCCCUUCCCGGCUCCAUGGCCCCACCCCCGCCAGCUGCCGACGUCUUCCUGCCGCCCCCUCCGCUGGAGGACCUGUCUCCGCCCCCACCCGCUCCUGAGCUGCCCCCGCCGCUGGAUCUGCCCCUGCCUCCACCCCUGGAUGUAGAUGAAUUGGGUCUGCUGCCUCCACCGCCCCCAGGUUUUGGCCCUGAUGACCCCAACUGGGUCCCUGCUGCAUACUUGGAGAAAGUGGUGACACUGUACCCAUACACUCGCCAGAAGGACAAUGAACUCUCCUUCUCCGAGGGCACCAUCAUCUGUGUCACCCGCCGCUACUCCGAUGGUUGGUGUGAGGGCGUCAGUUCAGAUGGGACUGGAUUCUUCCCUGGGAACUAUGUGGAGCUGCUGACGACGGUGGGGGGCUCUCCAGGCCUGUGACCUAGGCUCUGCCAUGCCAGCUUCGUAAGCCCCG